CUGCUGACAGGCAUCCCUGGCCUGGAAGCUGCCCACAUCUGGAUCUCCAGCCCAUUCAGCCUGAUGUACUUCAUGGUGCUGCUGGGGAAUGGCACUGUCCUCAUCGUCAUCAGGCUGGACAAAAGCCUCCAUGAGCCCAUGUACUACUUCCUGUUCAUGCUGGCUGUCAUCGACCUGGUCUUCUCGACCGCUGUCAUCCCCAAGAUGCUGAGCAUCUUCUGGCUGGAUUCCAGGGAGAUCAGCUUCAAGGCCUGCUUCACCCAGAUGUUCUUCAUCCACACAUUCACGGCGGUUGAGUCUGGGGUACUGCUGGCCAUGUCAUUUGACCGCUACAUGGCCAUCUGCAAGCCACUGAGAUAUGCCAUGGUCUUAACCAACCCACGGAUUGCCCAGAUGGGGCUGCUGUCCUUGGCUAGAGGCGUCGGCGUCAUGAUCCCCCUCACCUGCCUGCUUGCCAGGUUGCCCUACUGCAAAGGCAACCGCAUCCCUCACUCCUACUGUGAGCACAUGGCCAUUGUAGAACUGGCCUGCGCGGACCCGACAGCCAGUGACCUGUACAGCCUGGUGGUGGCCACACUUCUGGUGGGGGCAGACUCCAUGUUCAUUGCCUUCUCGUACAGCAUGAUCCUCCGCUCCGUGCUCCGGCUCUCCUCCCAGGAGGCACGUCUCAAGGCCUUCAGCACCUGUGGGUCCCACAUCAGUGUCAUCCUGCUCUUCUACUUGGGAGGGCUCCUCUCCAUGUAUCUUCAGAUGUUCUCCCUCAGCCUGGCACCUCACACCCAAGUCCUAGUGGCCGACCUCUACCUCACUCUCCCUCCCAUGUUAAACCCCAUUAUUUAUGGCAUGAAGACCAAACAGAUCCGCAAGCAGUUAUGGUGAAAUUACACAUUACAUUUAGACCAUGCUAAGGAG